ACGCCCAUUUCUGCAUUCGCCGCUUGAGAUUUUGCUGCCUUUGCCAGACCGCUUUUGCAUUUUCUAGAAUAAUCAGGGAUUUCGCCCUGAUAAACUCUCAGCAGGCAAUAAUUUUUGCGCAAUAUGGGAAGCAGGGAUGAGCAAAUCGAAGCCUUUCGUCUAGAACACGAGUCAGACGAGCACUGGGAGCUGCGUCGCGAGUUUUUGGAGGAGCACUUUGACAAGUUCCACACCAGCAAACUCCUCUGCCUGUCGCACACCUACGUCAACAUCGAAGUUCUCGGUUGCAGGUACCCUAAUGAGACGAUGAAAAUAAUCGCGGAUCUGGCAGCCGGUCUUGGUUCAGCUCAUAAGAAAAGAAAGGAGAAGAAUGCUCAGCGAAUCACCAUGGACGCGUCAAAUGCUGCGGAGCAGCGAAUAAAACACAGAACUGGUGGUGAAUUGCGAAACAACCCUCAGCCGAAGGUUACGUAUGGUCCAAGCGUCGUCGGUGGUCCCUCUGUCAACUAUGGACCACCGGUGACAGGGAACAGGAACUACGGCUACAGAACUUAAUCAGCUCGAAUUGUUAGAAUCAGCACUAUGUAUCAGCAGUGCAGUGCAAGAAGGCUAAGUGAGUGGACUCUUUCCAACCAUUUUUUUAAGUGCAAGAAGGUAUAAUUUUAUCAACGAUUAAAAAAAAUCACAUUCUUCUUAUUCUGGGUGACCAGAUUGUUCAAGACUAGAAGAAUAAUUAUAUAAAAUUUUCAUAAGACAAAAUAUUGUCAUAAACUUUGAAUAGCAGAAAGCACCUUAAUUAAAAAAAAAUAGACCUUAUUCAAAUAUCAGAAUUGAAUUGUUUCAAAAAACUUGUUUUAUUAAUUGAUUACUCAUGCAAGGAUGUGCAGGUAAAAUAAAUUGACCCAGGCAGACCCAGGUUUGGGCAAUCAAUGUUCAGAUUGUAUUUUCCAUCACUUUUAGGACUAACUUUUUUAGAGAUUUUGUUCAUUUAAAACAAAGAUUCAACAAAUUUGGUUCUUGAAGAAUAAAAAGAAAUUUACUGAA